CUGACUUUCUCAUUUUAUUGUUUCCUGCAGCCUUGCCAGGACUCAGGAGGAGACAAGACGUGUUGGUGGACUAGGAUGAGUCAUCGUAGGUUUUGAAUAGAGAAACAUAGAAACUAGAAACAAGAAUCAUUCAUCAUCAUGAGUGUUUCCAAGCCAGAAGAGCAACUGGCCUACGAGCUUAGCUGUGCCAUCUGCCUUCAGAUCUACUCGGACCCUGUAGCUCUCCCCUGCGGCCACAAUUACUGCCAGGCCUGCAUCUUCCAGUCCACAGACAAAGCAGAAGAGACUGAUACGGUCUUGCGAUGCCCGGAGUGUCGCACGGAGUUUCCGGGCGUUCAAUCCCUCCAGAAGAACUUCAAACUGAGCAGCAUCAUCGAGGGUUACCUAGCAGCUUCUUCAAAGCUGAGCUUUCAACAGGAGAGCCAGAAGAAGCCUGCGGAAGAGUGCGACGACCCUACUUGUGAGAAGGUUCCUCAGGAGGUGAAGAAGAGUGAGGCUCAGAGGCUCAAGUUGGAGCUGAAGUGCUGUGACAUCCAUAGGCGUCCCCUAGAGUACUUCUGCUCCACUGACAUGACCUUGCUGUGCUCCAAGUGCUUCAUGGAGGGUCAACACCACAGCCAUGACGUUCUUACCUUCGGGGUUGCUGAGGAAGAGAUGAGACAUGCCUUGGAGGUCCGCACCAAGGUGGUUUCCGGUAGGCUGAAGAUGACGGAGUUUCUCGUACAGAAGGCAAAAGAGGAGCAGGGAGAGUCUGAGGCUAUCGGAGACAAACUGGUCAACAGGGCCGUCACACUGGUGGAAGCCAUGGCCGGACUGGUGGACGGGUACAGGGAGAGAUUGCACAAGCUCUUGGAGGAGGAGCGAGGUCAGCAUAGGAAGAGCUGGCAGUUGGGACUGAGUGCACUGGAGGAGAAACAGCAGCUGCUAGUGGACGCACAGCAAUGUGCAGCUCAGGCUCUCGAAGUGACCGACACAUGCGCCUUCAUAAACAGGUUUAUGUCGAUAGAACAGAAGAUGCAAGAGGCUGUCACAGGCACCAUCCCCUGCAAGAUCCUCACCAAAGCCCCUCUCAACACCAAACAGCUGCAGGCAGGCCUCAAGACCGAUGCCUUCCAAGCGGAAAUGAGUCGCCUCUGCGAGUCCCUCUGCAUUCUCCUCAAUCCCCUGGAGCUCACCUUCAAUUCAUGCACGGCCCACCCCAGUCUACAGCUGACCAACGACCAGCGCACGGCCAAGUACAGCCCCAGCAAGCAGCCUUACUCCGAUCACCCAGAGCGCUUUACCAGCGCCCCGCAGGUCAUGUGUAGCCAGGGCUUCUCCAGUGGCGAGCACGUGUGGGUCGUGGAGGUGGGGCCCAACAGCAUGUGGUCACUAGGGGUGUGCUACAAGAGCAUCCCACGCCGUGGAGACCACAGCCGCCUGGGACACAACUCUGUGUCCUGGCGUCUCCAGUGGAAAAAUGGGAAAUUGACAGUGUGCAAGUCUUCAUCUAAUGUGGUUCUGCGGGAGAUGGUCAAUCAGCCGGUGAAGAUUGAGGUGGCACUGGACUAUGAGGGGGGCACCCUGAUGUUCCACAGCAUUAAAGGCCACAGGGAGCACCUGUACACAUUCAAGGCUGGGUUUAAAGAGGCAGUUUACCCUGCUUUCAGCAUCCACUCCAACACACCAGACUCCUGGAUUACUCUCCAAUGUGGCUUGUGAGCAUAUGAGCCCCCUGGUAUUCUAUAUUUGAAUAUGACACUCAAUAAACUAUGCAAAAAGUUUGUUUUUAUAGUGUCAGGGUACCUAAAAUAUGUCAUAUAUUCCAAAUGAUACAGCUGCAGCGACGGUAAUAAAAUGUUAAUUUGCUAUCUAGCAUAAUGACAUCACUUAAAUAAAGCAUUCUAAUCAUGCAAUAAUUUGUUUACAAAUAUUGCUGUUUUGAUCAAUGCAGAUUAUUACUAAAGGGAUACAAAAUUGAUUUUUUGUGUAUUACUGUUUUGCUUUUUUUUCCCUGAGUGACAUCUACCAUUGAAACCCAAUGCCAUUUUUGCCAUUUUUGAAUCAAGUGUUCCCCCUAAACUUGUCUCUUGCGUUGAACUUUCAAUUUGUAAUUUUAAUAUUUGCCCACCAGAUAACUCUGCUUUUCCCCAUUCAUUGCAUGCAGAAAAGUGUCUCUAUCGAUUUUCGAUAAGGUGUUUAUGUAAAGCUGCAUGGCGGUUAGCUCGUUAGCACGUUGGCCAACACAGUAACAGCCUGGAGAUCGGGAAGAUCUGGGUUCGAUUCUCCCUUUGGCAUUUCUGUGUGGAGUUUGCAUGUUCUCCCCGUGUGCGUGUGGGUUUUCUCCGGGUACUCCGGUUUCCUCCCACAUUCCAAAAACAUGCAUGUUAGGUUAAUUGGUGACUCUAAAUUGUCCGUAGGUAUGAAUGUGAGUGUGAAUGGUUGUUUGUCUAUAUGUGCCCUGCGAUUGGCUGGCGACCAGUCCAGGGCGUACCCCGCCUGUCGCCCGAAGUCAGCUGGGAUAGGCUCCAGCAUGCCCCCGUGACCCUAAUGAGGAGAAGCGGUAUAGAAAAUGGAUGGAUGGAUGGAAGUUUAUGUAAAAAAAAAGCGUGUAUCUGUGUUUGUAUGAAAAACAGUGUAGUUACGUAAACAGUGAUUGGUUUUGCUUUUUAAAUUUUUUUUUACAAUAAUAUGUAAACAUGAAUUGUGAACUUUUUCUACACAACAAAUAAAAUAUAAUGAUGAUACUUGAGUGUAUUCAGUCGUGUGAUCCCCAGUACUACGUAGUCAUGACA